AUGGCUAUGAUCCCACCUGCCGCUCCCAGGUCUGUCCUCGGUCGACACCGUAUCCUCGCUCCCACUGCCUCUAUGCGCGUCAGCCCGCUAUGCUUGGGGGGAAUGAGCUUCGGCACAAACUGGGCCAUGGGACUCGGUGAAUGCACCAAGGAGAUGACCUACGACCUACUCGACACUUUCUACGACCUUGGCGGAAACUUUGUCGACACUGCCAACGCCUACCAAGGUGGGCAGAGCGAGGGAUGGAUUGGCGACUGGAUGAAAGACCGUGGUCGUCGUAAUGAGAUAGUUAUUGCGACCAAGUACACCAUGACUCCUAUGGCUGGAAAGCCCGUGAACGAGAGCAACUAUGGUGGUACCGGUAGCAAGACUAUGCACAUUCCGAUCGAAGCUAGUCUCAAGGCUUUGAAGACUGACUACAUUGAUAUCUACUACGUCCACGCAUGGGACUACGCAACCUCCAUCCCCGAACUGAUGCAGUCCCUCAACACCCUUGUACUUCAGAGCAAGGUCCUCUACCUCGGCAUCUCCGACGCACCCGCCUGGUUCGUCACCAAGGCCUGCGCGCUUUCAGCGUCUACCAGGGCCGCUACUCCGCCCAACAACGUGACAUGGAACGCGAAAUUAUCCCCAUAG